AUGCCCACAUAUGCUACGGAUGGAGAGUGGACCCUCGUUCGGCGACGCAGGGGCCGGAGAGGGGACCGCGACUGGAGAGCUGAGGAGAUCGCACGCAGACCACCUCGCCGAAGCAGCUAUCCAUCUCGAGAGGCGGAAUCGGGGGAGAAACCAGCCGGCAGCAGACCGCUAUGCAGCCCGCCAGGAGAGCUGGAGAGGAGAUCGCGGCUGGGAGCUGACGAGGACGCACGCCGACCACCUCGGCGCAGCAGCCAUCCAUCUCGAGAAGGUCGGAGGACCUAUGCGGCGGUCGUGAGAGAGGAACACCGCAACGGUCAGCCAGGCUUUUUCCACGCACCACAGCGGAACCGGGGGAGGGACCGUCCGGCACCGGACCGCUAUGCAGCCCGCCAGGAGAGCUGGAGAGGAGACCGCGGCUGGAGAGCUGAGGAGGACGUACGCCGACCACCUCGACGCAGCAGCUACCCAUCUCGAGAAGGUCGGAGGACCUAUGCGGCGGCCGUGGGAGAGGAUCACCGCAGCGACGAGCCGGACUUUUUCCACGCACCACAGCGGAGCCGGAGGGGAGAACAGCCGGCGACAGACCGCUAUGCAGCCCGGCAAGGAAGUCGGACCGGACGGGACCGACGAUUCGAACGGAGAACGGCUCGGGACAAUCGGUAUGUGAGACGCACUCGCGCUGAGCGAGCUGGACCUCCUGUUAACAAAAUAAUUUCAGAUGAUCCGGACUUUUCUAAAAAGGUCCGCAUUAUUCACAGACUUAUUAAGACAGUACAUCAUUUGAAAAAUGUGACUAGUGACACUUAUCCUCCUUCUUUAAACAAAAUAGCACACAAUUUAAAGACUGUUAUUAAACCGGCCGUCCCUACCAAACACACACAAAAUAAGAUUGAGGAGAACGCUAAAAACUGGGCCCGUACAACCAUGGUGAUCCUCCGGCAACAUUACACUCAGAGCGUAGAGGAGGAAUUAAAGGCUCUCUCUGAGUGUUCUAAACAGGACUGGGAGGGCCCGUUCGAGAUAGCAACAUCCUGGGCCAAGAGGAACCUGGGCCGCCGCCUCCAACCUGACUCUCUGGAACAGGCCAGAGCUGAGAUCGUGGCCAAACUGGGGGACCUGGGGACUGCCACUUCAACAGAGGAGGGCCCACCUGCACCCCGCACAACAUCCAAAACAACGACGGCAACGAUGACGGACCACGUCGCUGGAGACUGGUCACCUUCUUCUGAGAUGGAGCAGGAGCAAGAGAGGGAUCUGACACCUUCCUCCCCUCCAGAAUCUUCACAACCAGCAGAGCCCAAUCUGGCCACACCGAAGGAGCAGAGGGUGUUGAGAUUCGCCGCCUCGAUCCCAGAGACGCCAUCCCAGGAACGGCCAUGCUCUCCCUCCACCCAACCACCACAAUCUGGUGAAAUGAUGGACACUGAGGGACUGGACCUCACACAGGGGGAAGUCACCCCCAAAAAGACAAAGCGGGUUAACACUUUAACAGUGGCUAAACCGCAACCAGUGUCUCACCCGGGACCAUCUCGCAGCGGCUUAGACAGACUCACUUCCUGUGUGCAAACCCGGCUUCAGCUUCAAGCAGCAGAGGAAGAAUCAUCUUCUUCAUCAUCUCUUCCUCCUUCACCAGCCUCACCGGGACAGCAGGUGCGGACGCCGACCAGACAUCCCAACACACACAGGAAAUUGAGAGACUGGCACCUGCAUGUGAAAGAGCCCUGGCUCGUCGUCGGCGAUUCUAAUGUUAGCAGACUGCCCCCCUUUGCAGCUGACAGUUUGCAGAUCGAUGGCUUCCCGGGAGCCAAAUGGUGGCAUGCAGAGUACCUCCUGGAGAAAGCCACUAUUGCUACACCGGUGACAAAACUAAUCCUGUCUUUUGGCAUUAAUAACAGGUCCCAGAGAGACAAGAAUAUGCCAGUGGUGGAACUGAAAAGGGCCCUGAAAGUAGCCCGGCAGAAGUUCCCUGAGGCUAACAUUUAUGUGCCUGAGAUUAACUUUUCUUCUGCUCUUCCUCAGGUGGAAAAGGACACUUUGAUGUACUUGAACACUUUCAUUACAGGACUAAAGGAUCACAUUCCAGCCCUCACCUCAGACAUUUUCACUACAGAGGAGGAUGACAUUCACUGGUCAUAUGGAACCUCAGAGGCAAUGUUACAACACUGGGAGAUGUAUGUAAAUGGGGAGUCCCCAUAAGCCUGACACAUCGGGAGGGGUCAAGUGAUUUACAUGUUGUUGAUGGUGUUAUGAACUUGUCUAAAAAAUUCCAUCCUUCCACUGCUCAGCGGAGCCUACUGAAUAGAGGCCUGACUUUUAUCCCCACAAAGGGCUACAACAAAAAUUUACAAUUACAAUGCAAAUAUGACAUUCAGCAGUACCAUAGGAGGAUCAAAUUGGCUGCCUUUUAUGGGGAUAAAGAGGAGACUCAAUCUCAGCCCUUCACUCCAAAAUCAUACUGGUCCCCGCCCAAUGCUCAGCUCCCACCCCAAAUUCUUACUUUGAUCAAAACAGAUAAUGAAUAUUUUCAAAACCACUUUCAUGUAGACAGAGUUAAACCCAAUUUGACAGUAGAAGAGACAAAAGCUCUAACAGAAUUAAAACAAAACAAGCAAAUUAUUAUAAAACCGGCAGACAAAGGAAGCGCAGUUGUAAUUUUGGACAGGGACCAGUAUUUGGAGGAAGGCUACAGACAAUUAAACGACAAAACAUAUUAUUUAAAAUUA